UAAAACGUCAAUAUUUUUUUAUUAUAAUUAAAAAAUAUUUAUUACAGUUAGUUAAAUCACAGAAAAUUGUUUAUCCCCUAUUUAGUUAUGUCCCGAACUUCCGGCAAUUCUGUAUCGACAGUAAAAAAUGUAAUCACUGUUAAAGGUUUAGACUUCAAUGUAAAGCCGGAUGAUACACGACAUACGUCGAUAUUCUAUCCUGAACCAAAAAUAUCAAUUCCUACUGAUUUUCCCACUAGUACACGUUCUACAGAAGUUAAUGAUUUUGAUACUUGUCCUAUCAGCGGCUAUGGUACUACAAUAGUUAAAAAUGAAUAUUAUUCAAAACUGCAAAAGGAACACAAGUGUAAUUUGUAUGAUAACUAUGAGGAUUUUAGCAAGACAUUUAUAGACGAUAUACUCAAUUCAGCUGCAGAACACAUUCGGUUAACUCAAAAAAGAGAUGUAAUAUUCGGUCCAAAAAAAUUUUCGGUAUCCCAAAAACCUUUUGUCUGGCCUACAAUAAAAGAAUUCAGCGAGGUUAGGACAGCAUUCAAGAUUGUGGAAUGGAUAGAUUCAACGGCAGUAGUUGCUGAAAACUGGCUAUAUUCAAUCAUGAUGGUAUGUAAAAGUGCCAAUCAUAUAAGCGACUUUUAUAAAUACGAAGCUAUAUUUUCCCUACCCACCAAAUGUUACCCAAUAUCUCAAGCGACUGCAAGCGUUUUCUUUCAUGUUGAGGUAUCUAGAGUCAUGUCCGAAUUUUGUCCAGUCAACGUAACGUUUCAAUUGGAAUCUUUUUCCAGUAAACUGAGUCCUAGAACACACGUUAUAACGGAUGCUCUGCUCUUUAGGGUAAUUGACGCGAAGAUCAAAAUAUUUAAAAGCUAUUAUUUUUAAAUUUAAUCUUAUAAAUAAAAAAAUUUGUCAUUAU